AUGGAAGAGUUGGCGAGAGAAAGCAUCAGCUUGCUGGCCAAGCCCACACUCGAUACAGAUGGCCCAAGACUUGGAUCUUUGGGAGCAAUUUUCAUCAUGCUCAAAUCUGCGCUUGGAGCGGGACUUCUCAACUUCCCAUGGGCUUUCGAGAAAGCCGGUGGAAUUCGCUCCGCGGUCGCAGUGGAGAUGGUGUCCCUGGUGUUCCUCAUCAGUGGCCUGGUAAUCCUGGGCUACUCCUCCUCCAUCAGUGGUCAGAACACGUACCAGGCCGUGGUGAAGGAUGUGUGUGGGCCUGCCAUCGGGCAGCUCUGUGAGGUCGUCUUCAUCUUCAACCUCUUUAUGAUCUCUGUGGCCUUCCUGGUCGUAGUGUCGGACCAGCUGGAGAAACUAUGCAUCUCCCUUUAUGAGUUGAUCACUGGAUUGCCUGAGACAGAUAUGCCAUACCACUGGUACACACACCCACAUUUCGUCCUCAUCCUCCUGUGUGUCUUCCUCAUCCUCCCUCUCUCCAUCCCUAAAGAGAUCAGUAUUCAGAAGUACAUCAGUGUUUUAGGUACUCUGGCGGCUACAUACCUAACAGUGGCCAUCAUUGUGAAAUAUCACACAAGAGAGGGCAGUGAGGUGCAUAUAUCCCCCUUGUACACAAGUGGAAUAAGCUCUUGGGCUUCGAUGUUCAGCGUUAUCCCGACCAUCUGCUUUGGCUUUCAGUGUCACGAGGCCUGCAUAGCCAUCUACAGCAGCAUGGAGAACAAAAGCCUGUCCCAUUGGGUGUUCAUCUCUGUGGUGUCCAUGUUCUUCUGCCUGGUCAUUUACUCCCUAACUGGUGUUUACGGAUACCUGACAUUUGGCAAGGAUGUUGCAGCAGAUAUUCUGAUGUCAUACACAGGGGACGAUGUCCUCAUGAUCAUUGCAAGACUGCUCUUUGGGAUCUCUAUCAUCACCAUCUUCCCCAUCAUCCUCCUGCUAGGAAGGUCCGUGAUUCAGGACCCACUGCUGAGUUUCCGUCGGCGCUUCCACGUUGUGACCGAGUCGUAUGAGAACUGUAGCCGCGUGGGGCUGACUAUAGCCUGGAUCACCGUCACCCUGCUCAUUGCCAUGUUCAUCCCAGACAUCAGCAAGGUUAUCAGUAUCAUUGGGGGAAUCAGCGCAUUUUUCAUUUUCAUCUUCCCAGGGUUAUGUCUAGUAUUUGCCAUGCAGUCAGAGCAAGUAUCUUUCAAAACACGAGUGGUCCUAACAACAUGGGGGAUGAUCACUCUGAUCUGUGGGGCCUUCAUCUUUGGACAGAGCACCACCAUCGCCAUCAUACAGCUCCUCAAUAAGAUCUAA